CUUGUUCUUCUCUUCUCUGCGCACUGCGUUGCAACCGCGAGGUAGCGGCUCGGCUCGGACAUUUGCACCAGCCCAGACAGCUCGGGAAUUUUUAUUCCUAUUAUUUUUAUUUAUUUUUCUUGGUGCCUUAUUUAUUUAUUUUUUAAAAUUUUUUCUUUAGUUUUGUAUUUAUUUUUUUUAGGCUCUUUCUCUUUUAGCCCACAAAUGCACGGGUGCGUGCGCGCAUCACGCGGACACCCGCCGCGAACAGAGCCGUGAUGGGAUGCCGGAGCUCCGGGAGAUGCGCGACUUCGGCCGUGCCGCUGCUGCCGCUCCUGGUGCUUCUUCUCCCGGCCACCGCGCUCGGCCGAGGCGUCCGCGGUGAGAGCCAGCAGCAUGGUCCGUCCGGCACGCUGCCGCGCUUUGUGGAGGAGCCGGUGGACGCAUACAUCAUCAAGAGCAACCCCAUCAAGCUGCGUUGCCAGGCCCGGCCCGCACUGCAGAUCUUCUUCAAGUGCAACGGCGAAUGGGUCCACCAGAGCCAGCACACGUCCCGCGAGCACACCGACCUGGGAACAGGGCUGAAGAUCCGUGAGGUGAUGAUCAACGUGUCCCGCCAGCAGGUGGAGGACUUCCAUGGUCCUGAGGACUACUGGUGCCUCUGCGUCGCCUGGAGCCACCUAGGAACAUCCAAAAGCCGUAAGGCGUCCGUGCGGAUCGCCUACCUGAGGAAGAACUUUGAGCAGGACCCUCAAGGCUCGGAGGUGCCCCUGAGCGGCAUGAUCGUGUUGCAUUGUCGGCCACCAGAUGGCGUGCCCGUGGCCCAGGUGGAAUGGCUGAAAAACGAUGAGCUUUUGAGCGCCGGCAGUGGCGACACCAAAGGCGAUCACCGUCUGGUCAUCUCUCAGGCGCACCUCUCCGAUUCAGGAAACUACACCUGUGUCGCUAGCAACAUCGUGGCCAAGCGGCGCAGCGCCACGGCUGCUGUCGCCGUGUACGUAAAUGGCGGCUGGUCGUCAUGGAGCGACUGGUCGGCGUGCAACGUACGCUGCGGCCGCGGCGUCCACAAGCGCUCCCGCACGUGCACCAACCCGGCGCCGCUCAACGGCGGCUCCUUCUGCGACGGCGCGUCGGUGCAGAAGAGCGCCUGCAUGGCGCCGUGCCCGGUGGAUGGCGGCUGGGGCGCGUGGACCGAGUGGUCGGCAUGCGGUGGCGACUGUGAGAGGAGGCGGAGCCGCGAGUGCACGGCGCCCCAGCCCAAGCACGGCGGGCGGCUGUGUGACGGUGUGGCGCUGGCUACCGACAACUGCACCGGAGACCUCUGCACGCAAAAUGGAAAAUUGCUGCGUGAUGCCAAGCCACAAGGUGUGCUAGAGAACGGAGUCGGCAGCGUCGGCGGUGGCGGCGGCAGCGACGUGGCGCUGUACUCGGGCCUGGCGGCCGGCGCUGCGACGGUGGCGCUGCUGAUCGUUGGCGUCACCGUGUACCGACGCAGCCGCAGCGACUACGGCGUGGACGUCAUCGAUUCGUCCGCCCUCGCCGGAGGUUUCCAGUCCUUCAACUUCAAGACGUCGCGGCAAGGCAACUCUCUGCUGAUCCACUCGUCGCUGCAGCCCGACCUGAGCGUGUCUCGAACGUACACCAGUCCCAUGUGUUUCCACGACGCCAUGGACAAGGAGCUGCUGGACCCCCUGCCCGAUCUCAAGAUCAAAGAGGAUCCCGACUUCCACCCUCAGACGUUCCCGAGGGGCCUGUCCCCAGAUUACCGGGCCGUCGUCGUGGGCGCCACGCUGAGCCGAGGAGAGAGGAACCUAUUUGGGCCUGUCAGGUCGCGACACAAAGCCACGGCCGUGUUGGGCCACGCCGGGGGACGCCUGGUGGUGCCGAACACAGGCGUAAGUCUGCUGGUGCCCGUCGGGGGGAUCGCUCAGGACACCACAUGGGAGACCACCGUGAUCGUCAACCAGGAGGACAGCAGCUCAACCCUGGGCGAAGGAUCAGAGAUCUUCCUGAGUCCCGCCGUCACGUACGGUCCGCCGGGGCUGGAGCUGUCCUGCCCCGUGGUCCUGUCCAUGCCGCACUGCGCCGAGGCGGCCGCCGACCACUGGAUCACACGACUGAAGAGGCAGACGCAGGACCGCAAGUGGGAGGAAGUAAUGUGCGUGCAGGAGGAGUGCACUUCCUCCUACUGCCUGCUGGAGCCGCAGCGCUGCCACGUGCUGCUGGAGCGGCCCGGUCGCUACGCCCUUGUGGGCGAGCCGCUACGACCGCACGCCGCCAAGCGCCUGCGACUGGCCGCCUUUGGAAGCCCAGACACCGCCGACCCGAUGGGCUUCAUCCUCAGGGUCUACUGCGUGGAUGACACGCCGCACGCUUUCCAAGAGGUGACGGCGUUCGAGCGCGCCCAAGGCGGGCGCCUGCUGGAGGAACCCAAAGUGUUGUCAUUCCGCGGGAACGCGCUCAGCCUGCAGGUCAACAUCCAGGAUGUCCUGCAGAUGUUGUGGAACAUCAAGCCUUUCACCACCUGCCAGGAGUUCUCCUUCUGUCAGGUGUGGUGGGGCAAACAGCGCCCCCUGCAGUGUGCCUUCUCCCUGGAGCGUAUCAGCACCUCCUCCUCCUCUUCGUCCUCAUCGCAUCUCUCGUGUAAGAUCAGUGUUCGUCAGGUUCAAGGUGACGAGCAAAUCCUGCAGGUCUACACGACAGUGCAGCCCGAGAACCUAAAGCUAGCGGUCCCGUUCUCCUCUGAGUCCGACUGUUGCGUCACCUCCCAGGCAGGAUCGCGGGCCUUCAAGAUCCCGCUCUCCAUCCGCCAGAGGAUCAGCGCCACCUUUGACGGCAGCAACGCCAAGGGCAAGGACUGGCGCCUCUUAGCCCAGAAGCUGGACGUGGACAGGAACUUGGCCUACUUCGCCCGCCACGAAAGUCCGGCAUCAGUGAUCCUGAGCCUGUGGGAGGCGCAGCAGCAGGACUCGGCCGACCUGGACUCCCUGGCCAGUGCCCUAGAGGAGAUCGGCCGGGUGCAGUCGCCCCCCGGGAGUGCAGGCAAUGACGUGCGUGGUUCCCUAAACUCGGCAAGGACUGCAGAUUGAAAUCCCAGACAACUGCAUGAACGCUGAGGAGCGAACACUAGCAGGGACUUCCUGGAAUAAUACGGAAGCUCCUUUCAGACGGUAAACGUCAAGGUGAGGUUUGUGUUGUCGGGAGGGACGGACAACAAGCGUCCAUCUUGGAGAGAUGACUUCCUGUUCCUCUUCCCGUGGCCGUGCAAAACAUUUAGUUUGACGUCAUGUUGUCAUUUUUUGCUUUUGCGUCGUGUCUUUAAUUGUGCGAAAAGUGGAGGUAAUAACAAACGCAAAACAGUGGAGACUUGAUGCUAAACGUGCUAAAAAAACAAAUAAAAAAAAAAAAAGGUAGCAUGAGGAAGAUUUCUUUCCCGCUGAAAGGUAUUUUACCUUGGACCACA